AGACCGCACGUGUACUACAGUGUCGACGAAAAAAAAAAGCACACGCGCUCGUUGACGUUUUCGCUCCAAGCACGCGGAGAACAAACGGAGAUAGAUCUGUACGAGUGGUGACGGGAGAGAAUCGGGCCCGAUUUAAGUCCGAGAUCGGCGCGGGAAAAAUGUGCCAGUGGUGCGAUGUGAGCGAGUGCAAAGGACGCGAUCAGUAAACAAAGCGGCAAUCGUUCCGAGUUCGCAAGCGAAAGAGGGAGGAAAGGGCGCGAGAGAGGAAACGGGCAGUAGGUCGAGGGUGGUGCUGCGGUGACCCAGUGCGGAAGUACAGCACACCCUGCACAAUGAUUGUGCGGAGGUGCUUCGCACCAGCCGCCGUGUUCGUCAUCCUAACGUUGUUAGGCAAAUUCGAGGGAAGUGCGGCCGAGCGAUGGUCACGACAAGUCUCCAAUAGCGAAUGGAUCCCCCUGGCCGAUCCAAGGGCUGUUCAACUACCACAGAAUGCAGGGAACAACCUUGUAGCCAGUAACACGCAUCAUCUACCGAAUCCGAUCCAAUCACUCGCGUUACCGCCCGCCCUUCAACACCAGUACCAACAACAAUUGAUUCAGCUGCAAAAGACGCAGGAGAGUAUUCAAAAGCUCCUACUGUUGCAACAGCAUCUCAAAGCUCAGCAGCAACUUCUUCAGUCCCAGACGUUUGUGCCUGGCACCGAAGACGAGAAGCAAGGGCUGCCACUGAAUUCCGGCAAUUUGCAAACGACACCCGAAUUAGCACAACAAGUUUUAGUCCCGCCACAUCCAUCCUCGGAAGCUCUUCCGCCGGUGUAUUCCGCACAAAAUUUCCUUCAUCAUCGAAGACCGGGACAAGUCCAUCAGAAUCUGAAUGAUAAUCAAGAACUAUCAAACUUGCCUCCUCAGGGUCAAGUGGUACUGCAACAUGCUGAACACGAUGACACGCGAGAAAGACCUCAUGCUUUCACAAAACAAGAAAAUCAAAGACCUCACGGAAAACAUCUGAAAGGUCGACCGAAUCCAGGAUUAUCGCAAUCUCCUUUGAGCGAAAGCGAUGAAGAAGAGGAGGUUCAACUGGUGUAUGUUCCGGCAGAAACUUUGGCGCAAACAGGCCAACUAAAAAGGGGCCGCGGAAGAAAGCCAUAUCCCAUUCGCCAACAGUAUCACCAACAACAAGAGAGCCAAAGAAACGUCGAACAAACUUCGCUCUCUCCCGAUCAAGAAACCUACACGCGCCAGGUGUUGCAGCAGAUUCAACAAGAGCACGAAGAGAAGGCGCAAUUCCUGAAGGAGGAGCGCAUAAAAGAAUUCAACAGAUUGAACGAGGAGCAGAAGGCACUCGAGCGUAAGACGCGAUUGCAACAGGAGGCUCUUCAGAGAGAGCAGGAACUGUUGCGGCAGAAGGAAGCCGAGAAGAAGCAGAAGGAGCUGGAAAAAUUGGAGGAAGCGGCGAAGCAACGAGAAUUAGAACGAAUCCGCGAAGCGAGAGAAAAGCAGAGGCAGGAGGAGCUCGAGCGACGACGACUCGCUGAACUCCGAGCCAAGGAGGAGAAACGCCGUGAGGAAGAAAUCAGAGAGCGUGAGGAGAGACAGAAGCAACUGGAACAGCAGAGAAUCCUGGAAGGCACCGGUCUUCAGCUUAACGCUCAAGCUCUAAUCCGCGAACAACCGCAGCGUCAACAUCUCGCGACGGCGGACGGCACCAGACCCAAGAAGCUCCGUAACAGACCACGUCAACGUGUCAAUCAGUACCAGGAACAACCGAAUCAUCGCGAAGUCACGACCACGCCGUCGCCUAAUCAGCCUCCACUCUCCGUUUAUAUGGACAAUUCCGAGCUGGAAUCCGUCAAAGUCACCGAUGUUCUCAAGAUCUUGAAGGACGCGAAAACCAUCGCUGUCCUCGACAACGUCGGCCCGAGUGCUCCGCAGGUCUUCGUGGGUCCGACGAAUCUGGAUCCUCCUUACGGUUACGCCAAGUUCGAUCUUCCCUAUCUGUCGUCGAUCGAUCACAACAGGGUGGAGCGCAAGGUCGACAAACUACCUUUCUUCGUGGCUCCGUUGAGCUUCGAUCCGCCAGCGGGUUAUGCCAAGAUCCCGUUCCCUGCGCCUCAUAUCGGCUCGGUCGUCGUCAACACGUUAUCGGAAACGUCCUCGGAAUCAAAUACACAGGUGGACGAACAGAAUUCUAGCCCGACGUCGAUCGAGUCGAAUUCUUACAACAACGCCGAGCAAAGCGGAUCCAUCGCUAGUACUGCGUCCGAAGAAUCCUCGACCGUUCCAAACUUUUCCCCGGAACACAGCAGUGCGAAGUACGAAUCGCCUUCAUCAGGUUCCAGAUUUAGAUUCAGACAGUAUUACGAUAACAAGCCAAACUCCGUGAUCAGCAUGUCGUAUUUCGGUGAACAAUCGACGACGAAGGCGAAGCCGAAGCAGUCUUACUACGAGCAAGAGUCCAAAUCGAUCACUCAACCUCCGAAAUUCGAUACGACCGAUAGCUAUAGACAGGAGGUAUCCUAUUCCAACACGCCGAGUUUUCAGGACGGAACGCCGAGUCCGCAUGAUCCCUCCGCAAAUAAACAGGAUCUGACGACUCAUCAAUUGGCGCUCAUCAAUCAAGAGUUUGCGCAGCAGCAAAUAGAGGCGCAGAAAUAUACUACUGCCGAACAAUAUCACUCCCAGGCUAAUCUGGAUGAUUCGUACAAUGCCAAUGACGUCAGAGCGCCGGUUGGACCAACGCAAUACAAUUUACCAGCGGAAUUACCGCCAAUAUCCCCGCAUCUGCCGGGCUUAGUGAACUCAUUGUUGGAUAAGCAAGAGGAGAAUCUUUCCAUCAUUUCGACCCCACCGCCAACUACAACCACGCCAUUAACGACAACAACUGCUCGUCUAAGUUCCACGACAUACAGGCCCCGAGGAAGAGGCAGAACCGUCCCCACGAGACCCAAAACGACACCUCAGACACCUAGUAACAAAACCGAUAGACCCCGAAGACCAUCGUACAACAGAUCUAAAUCUAGAUUUUCCACUACUACGGAAGAAUAUCAGGAAACCUCUUACGAGCCCACAAAGGGAAAAAUACCAGAGACCACGCAGAAAUAUAACGCGAUAGAACACAGAAGACCAACGCCCAGAACGCAGAAAUACAGAAAUCGAGAUAGAGCAAAUUCUCAAUCGACUCAUCAAGCGGUCAGCUACGAGAAUUAUCCAAUGCAAAGCGAUUCGCAAAACACUGCACCUCCCAACACGUAUUCACGAACGAGCGGAUUCGCCUCUAAUCUCCAUCAAAAGGAAACUUCUUCGUCGGAGAUAAGCGAUUAUACCCGUGAGAAUUACCCGUCGACCACUCCCACACAAACCGAGAAUUACCCGCCAUUGAGAGAGAUACAGCACAGCGUGCCCUUAAUGUCCGACGAUUACUCGAAAAGUCAAAAUUACCCGCAAAAUCGUCCUCAAGAUGCCACGUACGAUCAGAAUGUUGCCUUCGAACAACCGAGACUCGAGCAGGCUCCAGUAAACGGAUUCAAUUAUCAAGUUGCAAACGAGAAUUCAUCGCCAGACCAGAGAAAUAUUCCUCAGAGGCACAAAGAAUAUUCGCGUUAUCAGGAGAAUGCCAACUACAAUCUGGCCAUUACGGAAGACCCGCGAGUCAGACCCGGCGAGGGACAUCGAUAUUCCCCGAUUUACGAAGUCAACGUGGCGCAAACUCAGCCGGAUUAUAACAUCGGCGGACAGAAUUCUUUCCACAACGUCGACGACAGCAAGAUCGAAAUCGAUCCGAACGCGACGCCUAUUUUUAUUCCGCUUCAACAGAGCAAUAAGCAAGAAGACUACGAGCUGCAAACUCCCUCUACAGAAGCAACGAUUAUCGAAAUCGCUACGACCACCACGACCACUCCGGCACCCGUAAUAAUACGCCAGCGAGUUCGAGGUCGCCUAGGAGGUGGUCGCCCUCAACAGGAUUCCGCGAUUCAAACGCGACCCCGGGGUCCUCAGGAUGAGUACGUUCGUUUCACCGUCGUAAAUCACGAUUCCAGUCGCGGCUCGAGUAAUCGAAAUCGCGAUGGAUCGAGGACGAAGACGCGCGCUCGUCCGCAGAAUCAUGGCUCGCAGGUGCAGACCGAGGGUAACGAAUAUAUAAAGAUACACGCCGCUCAGCAGCAGAGGUUGGUCGCAACCACUACACCGUCGACGACGACAACCAGCACAACCGCUCGCGCUGAGGAAGAAGACCUCGAUUACGGAUUUAUAAGGCCGCCGAGCUUCCGGCCGGUGCAACCGGUGCAUCCGGUGCAUCCGGUGGACAGCAGAUUCCAAACUCCAGUUACAUAUAGACCCGCUUUAUCCGAGAUACAGCAUAUAAUAUCCAACGACGAAACGGCGGUGGAAUCGAGUCCGACUCACGUUUUGAAAAAUCGUCCGAAAUACAAUCAGAUUUCGACCCGUCAUCCAACCACUAAAAUAUUCACGACAACGACAGAAACUGUACCUGUUGCAACGACGAUCCCGGAUGAUACCGUAUAUACGGUGAAACCAAAAACCAGGCCGGAUGAACCGAAACAGACGAGAAUACGAGGAAGAAUCCGUCGUCCGGUAAAGAAACGUCCGAACACGGAAUCCGAGGCAAGCAACGAAUUGCCGUUGGACGAGAACUAUCCUCGAAUAACCCCGCAACAACUGCCGAUGACAAGGCAGCCUCUCUACGAUGACAAUUUCGACGUGCCGCAAUUCAACGUGCCGAAUCAGAAUCGACCGACACCAUUCUACGAGGAGAAUAGCGAAAACUAUCCACCUCAGGAACUUAUUCUAAACUUCGGCAAUCGACCGGAGCAGGUGUCACAACGGGAGGAAUACGAUCAGACUCAAUUGGCUAGCCGAAUAAUUUCAUCAAGCAAGUACAGUCAUUCGAAUCGCGAGCAAUCCAGCGGUGACAUUUACGGCGCCGAGAGUCAAUGGUCCACGAAGCUGUCAAAGACGUCGUUCCAGCCGAGCUUCGCCUCGAAUCGCGUUGCUGACGAGUCGAAGAAGGAACGGAUUCGCGACGAUCAUGAAAACGAAAAAGCGCCCGAGAUUAUUACGGCCCAGCCGGAAGUGGCUUCGGGAGUAACGGUGGUCGUUUCCUCCGACCAGAAAUCGCCAAACCUCGCCGGCAACACGGACGCAAUGAUGGAUAGCGUUGUUUUCGGAAUGAAGACGAAUGCGCAGGAUUUAACGGAGAAAUUGAAUGCCACGACGGCUACAACGACGACAAUACUUCAAGAUCGAACCCAAAGCGAUAAGGAAACAUUAGUCGAAGCGCAGAUGAAAGAUAAGGAAGAUAACGUUAUGGAACAGACAGACGAGGACAUGAAGAUGAAAAAAAUGGGACCCUUUACGAGAAAGACUCGAAGAAGAAGAGUCCGUGUGCGGGUAAGGCCCGUGAAUAAAGAUGAUUUUGUCAGUGCCGAAUCGCAACAUUUCAACUCCGCAGUGAACAACCUGGUUCAAGAUCAAUACAAGCCUAACGCGAUCCGUGAAUCGAAGUUCACCACUGAAGUUCAACCUACUACCGUUAUUGCAACCACGACGAUUGCCGCAGAAACGACGCGGAAAUCUCUGCUGCAGAACUUUUUGGAAGAGAUGCUGAAGAAUGACGAGGUCUCCAUUCCGACGCGCGUUACAUCAAUCACGGAUACAUCCGAUUGGACGAUAACAACGCCGAUGACGACACCUUAUGUAAUUUCAGAUAGUGGUGAUAUGACAACUUUGAAGGAAGACUACACGCAGAGUAGCGCAACGUUGACAUCAAAUACUGAUGAAGAACGCGUUACGAUGCCGAAUAAAAGUUUAACCGGAUGGAAAAACAAUACUGAAGAAACGACACCGUCUGAGGAAACUGCUCGCUUGUUACAGGAAGAAACUAAAGUGCAAGAGGAAGCAAAUUUCGGAGAAUAUUGGGACAAGAAUUCUGAAGAUCAAAGUGAGCAGAAUAAUUUGGAGAAUGUCGAAAUAUCCAGUCCAAAUGAUAAUUUGUCAUCGAACAAUCCGGAUAGAUCAGAAAUUUCCAAGGAAAUUGAAGAUACCAUAGCGGAAUUGACCGACUCUUCGGCUACGAAGGAAGAGAUACGGAAAUUGAGUGCCAUCAAUAAAGGGAAGCAGCAUAUAAUGACGUUGAAGAAGCAUGACGAAAAUCUCGAAAAAAAUAACGCGCAUCCGAAGAAUCACAGAACUAAGUGGAGCGAAGUAAGAUACCCGUUAACCCCCGACCAAUCGCAAUCUACGUUGAAACUGCAAUUGACAACGCCCAUACCCCGAAACGAGAGUGAUCCCAACGUGAAAACAAUCUCCGAUUAUGUAAAGGCCAUCUUUGACAGCAUGAAGAAUGCCGAGAAUCAGGAAGAAGUAGAAGAAAUAGCGAAAGUGGUCGAAGCUAAACACGAAACUCCUGAAAAAGCAGAUCAAAUAAUCGGCACGACCGACUCUUCGCGAGACAUUUUUACAACGCAGCGUAUCAAUAUUGAAGAGUACGCGACUAAUCCCGAAGAAAGCCAAGGUAUCACCGAGACGACGACGACGACGACGACGAAGAAGAAUGUUAUUUUCGAAACAACCACAUUGAUCCCAGACACGACCACGAAUACGGCGGUAUCGUUCGAAGAGAUAAUAACAGAGCCUUCCACGUCGACCACGAAAACAGCAUCGAUUAGACGAGCUACAGGCACGGUGAUUAGGGCAGACCAGACCAUGCUAGGCAAGGUUCUCAGAACCUCAACUACCACGAAGGUGUCUCACAUGACGGAGAUUUGCUAUAGAGGUCGAUGCGUGAUGACGAAACCCAAGAUGGACGACGUUAUGGAAAGAUGAGAAAAAUUCGAUGUGAUGCGACGUCAGAGACGCCGAUUCAAUUAAUCGCAAAGUCAUCUUUAGCACUUUUCUGUUCGGUUAUUAUAGAAAAUAUAUAAUAAUGUGAUGAAAGACAAUUUCUAGAAUGGCCAUCUAUCUUUAUUAGAUGUCUAUUGUUGCUGCAAAAUACAGCAAGAUAAAUCGAAUAAUGUCUGAAAUAAUUUAAUAAUGUUUUAAUA